UCUCCAUAUAUAUAAUAUUACCUCCUUUCACUUUCUGCUAUACCAUUUUCACUCACCUUACCAUAUGAAUCAUCAAUCAUGGACUACCAUCAAACUUACAGUGCCUCUUCUUCCUCAUCUCACUCUAACCACCUUCAACCACGCGUGAAUUCACAACGCAGCCUCGCCUCAGUUCCUUCCCUUAACAACAACCACCACCACUCUUCCUCCGCCGUCUACCACCACUGCCUCACCACCCUCAAAGUCCAAGACUCAUCCUACCCUUCCUCUCUGACUCUCUCCGGAAAAUUUCUCUAUACCGGUUCCUCCGACCGAGAAAUCAGUUCCUGGAACCGCAGCUUUGAAGAUUCAGAUUCAAAUUCAACCACCAACAAGGUGGUUGCCGGAAAAGGAGCCGUAAAAUCCUUAGUGAUCCAAUCCGACACCCUUUUCAGUGCCCACCAGGACCACAAAAUCCGUGUCUGGAAAAUCAGCAACAGCCACCAAAAGCACACCCAUUUAGCCACUCUCCCCACGCUUGGCGACCGCGCCGCCAAGGUUCUCCACCCCAAGAAUCAAGUCCAGAUUAGGCGACACAAGAAAUGCACGUGGGUCCACCACGUGGACACUGUGUCCGCCCUGACCCUGUCCCAAGACGGAGCCUUGUUGUACUCCGUCUCGUGGGACAGGGCCAUCAAAAUCUGGCGGACUAGGGACUUCACCUGCCUGGAGUCCCUCACCAACGCGCACGACGACGCCAUCAAUGCAGUCGCGGUCUCCACCGACGGCCGCGUCUACAGCGGAUCAGCCGAUAAAACAAUCAAAGUGUGGGGGAAACUCCAGGGGGAGAAGAAACAUUCAUUGUUGGACACCAUGGAGAGACACAACUCCGGGGUCAAUGCGUUAGCCCUGAGUGGCGAUGAGUCGCUGUUGUAUUCCGGCGCGUGUGACAGGUCGGUGCUGGUGUGGGAGAAGGAGGGGGAGGAUGGUGGGAGAAUGGUGGUGGUGGGUGCGUUGAGGGGGCACACUAAUUCAAUUUUGUGCUUGGCUGUUGUGGCGGUUUUGGAUUUGGUUUGUAGCGGCUCUGCUGAUAAAACAAUUCGGAUUUGGAAAGGUAUUGGUCACAGGGAAUAUUCGUGUUUGGCUGUUUUAGAAGGACAUGCGGGUUCAAUCAAGUGUUUAAGUGCUGUGGUUGAUUUUGAUGAUGCGGCGGAUUCUGAAGCGUCUUUUCUUGUUUAUAGUGGCAGUUUGGACUGUGACGUUAAAGUUUGGCAGAUUUUUGUUCCUGCUAGCUAAAUCUGAGGAUAGUUCUUCAUUUUGUCUAAUUUAUUGAGCACGGUUUAAAGGGAGAUCGAUGAUGUUGGGCAUUUCUUUUUCUUGUCCCUGCCUUCCUUCUUGUCCUGCUACUGAUUUUUCGCCUCUUCAAGUUGAUUAGAAGUUGAGCUAGCUGCGAUGUCUGUACUAGACUACUAGUGCCUAGUGGUGGUGAUCUUUGUUGACUGAAAAGUUGUUAGUGUGUGGAAGUAAAUAUAGCUAAAUAUUUUUAAUAAGAAAUUUGAUGCCUCUACGUAAGGGUAUCUUUUUAAAAUGUAAAAUAUUAGAUUAGAGAUUAUUAUAAAUUAUAAAAUAUAAAAAGUUUCAUGUGGAUAACAAAAA